AAUCACUAGCUCGACUGGCUUGCCAAGGAAAUGCCUGUGCAAUCUAAGCUGCGGCCUUUUUUGCCUGUGACUUAUUUCAUAUCCUACACUGCUUUGGGACAAACGUUGCUGUCGGGGCCCACAUCGGGCAGUCAUCCUUGGACGACAAGGCUCGUGUCUUGGUCUUUACGGGGAUGAACUAACAAUGUCUUCUUUCUGCGUGAAUACUUCAUGCGCCAACGCUGCAGCAGGGUCAACCUGGGAUAUAACUUGGCGGGAGUUUAUUCCCCUUCGGCCACGCCACUGUAUCCUUACACAGCGUCGUUGAUCAGCGUGGCAACAAAACGCCAACGCCCGGGCAGGAAUAGUAAUUCAUCUGCACAGACCUACCUCCUUUUCCUCCCCGCUCAGGGAUAUUGCUGUGAUGCCUAAAACCAUGCCAUCAUCAGCAUUUGCACCCGUUACGCCACAUGACUACCUCGCAAGCCAUCAGACCCCGUUUCUCUUGUAC